AUGGACGAAGAGCAGGAAAAGUACCUUGAAGAAUCAGUCACCAUCGUUAAACAAGAAGCUUUCCAAAUGCAAAAAGCACUAGAUUCAUCAAAUAUGCCAGAGGUUCUUAAGCAUGCAGCGAUUAUGAUACACCUUUUACUAUUAAUAAAACAUAGUAAAUAGUAAUUAUUAAAAAGAUUUAAUUUAUUAUAAAUAAAUGUAUCAGAACUCCGAGCCUCUCUGCUCUCACCAAAAGCGUAUUUUGAGCUAUAUAUGCAGGUUUUCGACCAGAUGAGCAGACUUGAGUCAUAUUUCAUGGAAGAGCACCGUAGGACUGGAAAAAUUGCAGAAAUUUACGAAAAAAUCCAGCACACUACAAAUAUUUUGCCAAGAUUGUACCUGUUGGUGGCAGCUGGGUCCGUUUACAUUAAAACAAGAGAACUGACGGCAAAAGAUGUGCUGAAAGACUUGAUAGAAAUGAUUAAAGGAGUCCAGCAUCCUAUGAGAGGGCUGUUUUUAAGAUAUUAUCCCUGCUGAAAAUAAUAGUCAGAAUAUUUUUAAUAAAAAAUAAGGCAUAUAAGCUAGUUUAUAUAACUAUAUCUUAAUAAAGUCUGCAAGGACAAAUUGCCUGACAAAGGCUCAGAAUACGAAGAUUCUGGCGACGUGACUGAUUCAGUCGAUUUCUUAUUACAAAAUCUCUCAGAAAUGAACAGACUUUGGGUAAGAAUGCAGCAUACAGGCACUGUCAGGGACAAAACCAAGCGUGAAAAAGAAAGAAGCGACUUAAAAGUGACUGUCGGAGAAAACAUUGUCAGGCUUUCUAAUCUACAAGGCGUCAAUUUAGAGCUGUACCAAAGCGUGGUUUUGCCAAGAAUCAUAGAAAUCGUUACUUCCAGCAAGGACGCGAUUUCUCAGCAGUAUUUAAUGGACUGUAUAAUCCAAGCCUUCCCUGAUGACUAUCACCUGCAUACUCUUGAGCUUCUGUUAGAAGCCUGCACCCAGCUGCAGCCAGCUGUAGAAAUUAAAGGAAUUUUCAUCAACUUGUUAACGAGAAUUGCAGAUUUUGCGAAAGAGGCAGAUUUGGAGAUAGUCCAGAGGGUUAAUAUUUUUGACCUGGUUAAAACUUAUUCUGAUACCAUAAGGUAAAAAAUUUUAAAAUAUAGAAUUAAUUUGACUAUAUUCAUAAAUAAUGGAAUAUAUUGAUAAAAUAAUCCAAGAACAAAGCAACCCAGCUGAUACUGCCAAGUUUUUAGAGCUAAAUGCAGCAUUUUUACGUUUAUCAUUAAGGUGUUAUCCAGAUAACAUUAAUUAUGUCAAUUUGAUUUUGGAUUCCUGCGUCACUUUAAUUGACAAAAAUCAGUCUGAUGGAAGACUUGAUCAAGAAUCAUUGAAAACGAUAGUGAAACUGCUAUCACAUCCAUUAGAAUCUUUAUCCUUACUCCCCCCCCCCCCUCCGUGAGCGAACAAAAAAAUUUUGUUCGCUCACGGAGGGGGGUUAAUUUUUUUUUUUUAAAAAAAUUUAUAUAUAAAUUUUUAUAAAAAAUAUUUUUUUCGAAAUUUAAAAAAAUCCUAAUUUGCAAAAUUUAUGUUUUAAAACGCAAUUUGUUUAAAAUUAAACAGAAUUAGCUCUAGAUUUCAUUAUACUAAUUAUCACUUAUAUAUCAAAAUUUUUUUUCAUUAAAAUUUUUUCUAUUAAAAAAAUUUUUGUUCACUCACGGAGGGUGGGUUUUUGGUCAAAAAAUGGCGAUUUUUCUAAUGGUUUUGUUCGCUCACGGAGGGGGGGGGGGAGUUAGCGAUCUUAUCAAUGAGUAACUAUCCAAAACUAAUGAACUACUUGCAGUUCCAAUCAAGAAAACAAGUAGCCUUCAAAAUAGUCAAAGCUGUGGUCGCAAAUAAGGUAGAAUUAUCAGACGUGGACACCGUUGAAAAAUUAAUUAUACUAUUUUAUGCUAUUUUAAUACAUUUUUUUAUUAAUAAAAUUGAUAUUUUAUAAGUAAAUUAGGGUAUUAAUUUGCUAUUGUUAUAGGUAAAACAUAUUAAAACAAUAUAGCUAUAUUUCUUCAUUGCUAGUUGAUGCUAAUGGUUUUUUAUUUUUUUUAAAAAUAUUUUUAAAAAAAAAAAAAAAUUUAAAAAUAUUGCAAUGCUAAUGAUACAACAGAAUCAGAAGCCUAUGAGUUUGAAGAUGAGCAGCAAGGGGUCGCAAAAAUAAUUUUCUUAAUUAAAGGACCUGAUGUGAAAACCCAUUUCCAUCUCCUUCACAUUUUUAGAACUAAACUUUCACAAGGAGGAAACAGAAGAAUUAAAUACACUUAUCCAGCACUUUUAUUCAAAUAUAUCAAGCUAGUUCCUAACCUUGACAGCAACGACUCUGAAAUCACUUUUCACCACAUUCUGAAGAUUUUACUAUACCUUCCAUAAUUGAAUUUUAUCAAAAAUUACUUUUUUUUAAAAAAAAAUUAUCAAUAAAUUUUUUAUAUUAUUAUUAAUGUAAAAGAGCUUACAACUUGUCAAUAAAAUCAUAGAAGUCGACCCAGAACUCGGCCUAAAGUUAAGCUUACAAUGUGCCCUUUGCAUUCACAACCACGACCCAGAAAAGACCCAUGAAGAAAUCGCUUACGAAUUCAUAUCUCAAGCCCUCAUUUUAUACCAAGACGAGCUUACUGAUGCCGCCGCAAAAUCCAACGCAAUUACCCUGGCAUUAUCAACAUUAGCCUACGUAAACUGCUUUGAAGAAGAAAACUCAGAAACCCUUGUCCACAAUACAGCCCAAUACGCCCACAAGCAGUCUACAAAAACUGCCGAAGUCCGCGGUGCUUUACUAGCUACUGAACUAUUUUGGACUGAAGCCGUCAGAAAUGACCAAAGAGUUUUGCAUUAUCUCAAAAGGGCGGAAAAAUGUGCUGAGAAUAUUGGAAGUACCAAUGAAGGCGUCAUGCUGCUUAUUGACACUUUGAAUAAGUAUAUCAGUUUCCUACUUAGAGACGUGCCGACUAUAGAAAUUGACUCAAUAAACAACUUGAUUUCUAACAUCAACAAUGGAGUGAAAAAACUAGGAGGUGACGCAAGCCAAGACAUCAAAGUUUAUCUAGCGAAUACAAAUAAAUAUCCUUUUUAUUUAUGAUUUAUUAAAAAAAAAUUAUUUAUUUUUUUUAUUUUUAAUGUAAACAUUUAUAGCAUAUAUUCGCACAAGACAAGAGGAAGGCAAACUUAAAGGCUUAAAGCUCUAA